UCUCCUUCCGGCAGCGCGGAGCGGAGCGGGCUUCCGAGAGGGGAGGCUCGGAGCUCCAGCUGGUGUUUGGCUCGUGACGCGGAAUCAGGUGGAGGAAAAUCUCCUUACAGAGGAGCGUGGCGGUAGAAAUACAGGGGAGGCAGUGAACGCAACACUCCGCUCCAACAAACACAGCAGCUCCGUCCGCUCCACAGGGAGUUCACCCGGACUACCGACCGCAUCGCCCGGCCCCCCGCUGGUCCCGGUCCACAUGCGGGUCUGUGUUUGAGGAGUCACCUUCCAGGAGGCUUUGCAGGAGCAGCAGGAGCAGGAGCAGCAGGAGGAGCAGGAGCAACAGGAGCAACAGGAGCAGCAGGAGCAGGAGCAGCAGGAGCAGCAGGAGCAACAGGAGCAACAGGAGCAACAGGAGCAACAGGAGCAGCAGGAGCAGGAGCAACAGGAGCAGGAGCAGCAGGAGCAGCAGGAGCAGCAGGAGCAGGAGCAGCAGGAGGAGCAGGAGCAGCAGGAGCAGGAGGAGGAGCAGGAGCAGCAGGAGCAGGAGCAACAGGAGCAACAGGAGCAGCAGGAGCAGGAGCAGCAGGAGCAGGAGGAAGCGGUUCAUUCACUUGAGAGGUCGACAGGAGGCGGCAGGAUGCUGUGGCUGCUGCUCUGUCUGCUUCCUGUGGCGGGCUGCAGCAGGACCGUCACUCAGGACGUCACGUAUAAAGAAGGACACGGCGACCACAUGGAAGUUGCCGUGACAACAAGGCCUCACAUCUACUACUGCCGCUCGCCCAACAUGGAGGACUUCACCUGCUGGUGGCAUCCGCUCGACAACCUGACGGAGGGAGAGGAGGUCACCUACGUCCUCAGCUACUCCAAAGACAAGGGGCCCACACACGAAUGUCCCGACUACGUGACUGCCGGUCCCAACAGCUGCCACUUCGACAGCAGCCACACGUCCAUCUGGAAGAUCUACUGUAUGAACGUGACCGCCGUCACCGCCCACAGGAACUACACCUCCCAGGAGCACUGCCUGGACGUGGCGGAGAUAGUUCAGACUGAAGCUCCAGUCAACCUGACCUACAACCUGACGGACGCCGGCGGGGACGAGCUGGGCCACAACGUGCUGCUGUCCUGGACGUACCCGGUGCCCUCCGACCUGCGGUACGGCUGGAUCACGCUGGUGUACGAGCUGCAGUACCGCCGCGUCACCAAGCCCGACAGCUGGAAGGUGAAGCACCCGCUGCGGGAGCCUCACGUGGAGCUGCUCGGCCUUCCCUACGGCGACUACCUGAUCAGAGUUCGCUGCCGGUCGCACAACUACGGCCUGUGGAGCAAGUGGAGCGCCACACUGUUGAUGAGCAUCACCAGACCGCCAGCAGGUAAACUCCUGGUGCUGAUCCUGGUGACGGGGGUCGGUGUCGUGGCUCUGCUCGUCAUCGCCUUUGGUGUCAUUCCACAGAGCAAGAGAAUUAAAGAGUAUUUCCUGCCGCCCAUCCCCAAGCCGCGGAUCAUCGGCAUCGACUCGCUGCUCCUGAAGAAGGGGAACCUGGAUGAAAUCAACCGUCACUUCAGUAACUUCCACAGCUACAGACCUCCGAGCUACACCGAGGAAGUCUGGGACCAGGUCAGCGCCGACAACGUGUAUCGCUCCACGCCGAAGGACUGCGGCGUCCCGGCCGACCCCACGGACAUAGAGAAGGACGCGUUGAUGGUUCCAUGUGACCUGGCGCCUGUGGCCACCCACCAUCAGCUUACAGCCACAAACCCGAUGUCGUACGUACAGAGCCUGUUGCCCUACUGCCCCUCGCCUCCCGAGGCCUUCGCCCCGUCGCUGGACAUGCCCUCGCUGUGGCCGAGGCCCGAGAUCGUGUCGCUGCCGGGGACGGACUACAGCGUGAUGGGACAUCCUAACUCUGUCCCUGCUCCCGAUGCCACCGCCGUCACCACCAGUCGCUCGCCGCAGGAUUUCUACACCUGCGUCCAGCUCAUGAAUGAAAGCGGCGAGGUGCAUCUGGUGCCGUGCCAGCCGCCGCCGUACUGCCGGGAGUUCCCGCCGCCGGCGAGGGUGGAUUUCGACGCAGCUGAGAAAGAGGAGAAGAAGAAGAAACUGGCCGACUACCAAGCGAGGAAGAAUGUGAUGAAAGAGCCGAAAGAUGGCGACGAGGCGGAGAGGAGCGAAGCCGCCGUCCCUCUGCUUCCUGUUACCGUCGACAACAAGGGCUAAACGACAGGAAGCACAUCCACAAACACUUUGAAAACUGCUGGAUAUGCUGAAACAUGGAAACUGUUGCCAUGUGUGAAGUGAGAGUCUGAACCUGAAAUGUUCAGACUCGCACGGAAAACAAAAAAAAAACAUUGCAAACUACAAAACACUGUUUCUGGUGCAAUAACAAAGCGUUUGUGUUUCGGUGACCGACACGUUUUCCUUUGCAAAUGUUCCUCUUGACCUCGGCUUGUCUCUGUUUUCGCAGCUGUGGUCACCUGUCCAGGUGCAGUCAUGCUUUGGGGACCAAACCUGUGGCUGGUAAAGCUGCAGGGGGAAAGAUUUUCAUGUAAAAAUCCGUUUCAGGUGAAGGAAUUCCAACGAAUCAGGUUUCUUUAUAAAGCACCAGUUGACCGAAGCGCUGCACACAGUUUGGUCAAAGGCACAACAACAGCAAAGACAAUAAAAAAGCAGGAAUCAGAAUUCAAAACCACAUUUCUGUAAACAAGCGUUCUCCGUGAAGUCGGUCAAACUUGUCGCCUCGUGCAGAUUUAUAUAAAAGACACAUUAAAACACGCUGCUUCUCCCAAACCGCAGAGCUUCACAUCCAGGGUCCAACGUCUUUCUCAGGAAACAGAAAUAAGAGGCGCAGGUGCGUUCGAUGUCGAGCGCUCGGGUGGCUUCAGGUCGGGGUUUCGAGAGUUGGAAUCAGUAACCUUUGGUUACCUGUGGCCGUCCUGCUGUCGUGACUGACUCUACAAACACAAGCUGAACAAACAAAGCAGGUUCGGUCUUUAUGUCGUGUUCAUGUCUCCAUGCUCCAUCUGGUAUAUGGACUUUAUUACACGUGUGGUGGAACAUUAGAUCAUCCUGCACAUGGAUGAGUAUUAAUGAGUAUUAAUGAGUAUUAAUCCACGUGUGACUCAUUCUGUUCCCCUCAGUAAUUAGCCCGGCGGAGCCGCCUGUAUCUGUGUGAGGAGAAACGUCUUCGGUUCAAAGACAAUCUGUGGAUCUGUGUAGAUUUGACUCGGACGAGCUUCUUUAUGAAGGUGAUCGAGCAUUUUAUGACUAAAGCAUGAAACUUUCUAUAAACCAGGAAGUUCAUUUUCAGACGUGAGUGUAGUCCAGAGCUAACUAGCAUGUUAGCUUUUGAUUUGAGCUGGUCACGUUAUUCCACAGAACACACAGCAGAAGAUGUCGCUGUUGUUAAUGAGCUAAAGCUACCUUAACCCCUGGAAACCCGGGGGGGGGGGGGGUCUGCAGUUACACGACCACAGCAGCAAAAAAAUCAUCUUUAUUAGAACAGAAGUGCAAUUUUUGGUAAAGAUGUACAGGACGGUGACCUCCGAGGUCACUAGAGGUCAGAUACAAACGGCCUCCACGUCUGAAAUCAAAUAUAAAAGAAAUGAAACGUCGGCGCUUUUGUCAUGAAAUGCACAGUUGGUUCUUUGUCUGAUCCACUGGUACGAAGAGUUGGGUUCAAUAAGCCCCGCCCCCUCCCACCACAGCUCACACAGUCUGAUGUAUUUUUCAUACGGUGCAUUUCUUUCGUCCCGUCGGACAAAUGUGAGAAUAUUACAGAAGGUGCUGAGUUUACUGUAGAGAUGCUGAAUGACAGACCUCAGGUAGUGUUGCAGACACAGCGAAGAAGACUGGGGCAUCAAGUUGCUUCCAGCCUUGAAGGGGAAAGUUUAAUGGCGCUCGUGUAGAUCCUGACCCUGAUCCCAGCUACCUCACAUUCCACUCCGACGAGGACGUCUUAGUGCUUGCACGUCCCCGCUGUCACUGAGGUGUUCUGCCCUGUUGCUUUAGUCCGUCUUCGCGGUGGUAAACCGUCGGUGAAGAGUGCCAAACGUACCAGACGUACGAAACCGACGCCGCCGAGCACCAAAGACGAGCGAACGCAACUGGAUCAGUCGGUUUCACCAUCAGCUGUUGUCGGAUGGAUUAAGGUGCUCGUCAGGGACACUGAGCCUGAUUGACUUGACAGAAGUGGACCACUGAGUAUAAAGCACUACCCCCCCCCCCCUCACCUCUGACCCCAGGGGUCACCCAGCACAGACGUUGUGCUGACACUGUUCUCCUGGUCGCUGUUGCAGGUAGACGUCCUGCUGUGAUCUUUUUGUGCCUCCAUGUGCCUUUUUCUUUUCUUUUCACGCAGCAGUCAGUGUCUGUUUGCUUGUUCCUCUGUUGUGUUGAAAUCUCAGCAGACGACUCAAUGUGCCACCCCCCCCCCCACCUGGAGACGCUUCAUACCAGGAACAUGGUUGAUGAGUAAAGACCUAGAGUUUAUGCACAUCGUGUUGUUUUUCACCUUUUUACUGUGACACCAGCCACUAGACGACGUUUCAGUUCAACAUGGAACUGAAGAACUUUCUUCUUCACGUUUCUCUUCGAUGCAAUAAAAAGUGAAAAGGCAGCUGAGUGUGUGAAGGGUUCAUCAUUUGUACCAGGAAGCAGAGAAGCAGCAGAGAAGUCGUGAUGUUUAUAUUGAGCUGUGAAAGGUUUGUGUGUCGGUCUCGUGCUCACGGUCGACCGUUGACAUUUUGUUUUUAACUUAACCGUCUCUCCGUCACCUUCGCAAGAGGUUUGUUCAUCUGAGCUUCAGAUUAACUCAAUAUUAUAGAUUCUUCUGUUCUGUUCUGGAAUGUGAAAAAUAAAAUGUAACCCGUUGUGAUUUGCU